CCACCCUCCGGUCAGACUGUCGGUGAUGAAACCCUCUGCAGGCGACAAUCCACGGAUCCACAGCUGAUUCUCCCCCCCCAAACUGCAUCUCCACAAAGAAGAUGAGGAUGUUCAGGCUCCUUUCGGGGAAAGUGCAACGAGAAAUUGCAAACAAAGUCUAAAAAAAAAAGGCGGAAAAACACUUCCGUCUGGAUACUUGCUGGAUUUCAAACCAUCUACAGCCUGUUAGAAUCUCCUGGUGCGGCCGCGUGUGUGCCUGAGUGGGACCUGAUGGGUGUCGGGGGGCUAUGGUGACACGAUGUGCACAGGCUGGUGUGAGGAGAGAUGGACCAGCGCCAGUGGAGGAAGACGCAGGGAUAAACGAGUGGAUCUUCACCCAUGGCUGUGCAUCACAAUCUUGUUCUCUGCCCUGUGGGGCCGGGUGUCGCCCCAGUGCCCGGACAGCUGCCACUGUGCCUGGGACACGGCCACGGUGCAGUGCUCGGACGCCGGGCUGCGGGAGAUCCCGGAGGGGAUCCCACCGGAAACCGUCUCCCUCCACCUGGAACGCAACUCCAUCCGGAACCUCCCGGAGAGGGCCUUCAGCGAGCUGGUCCACCUGCGGGACCUGUACCUGUCCCACAACCGCAUCGACUCGCUGGCCUCGGGGGCCUUGCGGCAUCUGGGCCCCGAGCUGCGACUGCUGGACCUCUCACACAACCUGCUGAGACAGGCCAACAGGGAGGAGUUUGGCUCCACCAGGGCAAAGACGCGCCUCUACCACAACCCCUGGCACUGCGACUGCGCCCUCCAGGAGCUGAUGGAGACUCUGAACCUUGAGCCCGAGACGGUGAACGGGAUCGUCUGUGAGAGCUCCGUGCGGGGGGUGGGCGAGGGCAGCAGGUGGGAGGACCCGGGGUCGCAGGGCGAGCAUGCGGGCCAGCCGCUCGUCAAGCUGCUGGACUCUGGGGUGAACUUCUGCAGCCUGCAGAGGAAAACCACCGACGUGGCCAUGCUGGUGACCAUGUUUGUGUGGUUCUUCAUGGUCAUCGUGUACGUGGUGUACUAUGUGAGGCAGAACCAAGCCGAGGCCCGCAGGCAUCUGGAGUACCUGAAGAGUUUACCCAGUCCUGGCAAGUCCCCCACUGAGACAGACACUCUCAGCACUGGUUUCUGAACUUCUCCCCUGCUGUUAUUUAAAUGGAAUACUCAAUAAUGGAGGACACUACAUACGAAGAUAACCUUUUACAGCUGUGUUGGCAAAAUGUCUUUCUAUUUAUUACUACUAAUUUCCCCCCAUGUUUUUCUUAAUAGUGAUUUUCCUACUGCAGUUUUCUGCGUUUAAUGAACAAGAAUUAGUGUGUCCUGGUUUAUUAAUUUCCCCAUCUGCGCUGAGAGAGAAGAUAUGGAGGAAACAGCCGGAGAUUAAAACUUGGAAUAAGAAAGGUGUCAAAAAAAGGAAAGUCUUAAAAUCUUAUUACCCUGUCUGUCCCUCUCACUCUCCGUCUUUCCUCCCCUCCUUGUCCCACCAGUCUGUGGCCUUCUAUCUUUCAUUAAGCUCUAAUUAGGAGUCUUUGACCGACUGACCCUUAAUGAACACUAGAAAGCCACUAAUCAGGUGGAGUGUGUUUAUCAGGUCUAAAAUGGGAGCGUACACACUCAAGCGAGUGUCCUCACUAAUCGUUGUUUCAUUUGCAUGGGGGUUUGUGUAGUGUUUUUGUGCGUUGUUACAAAAAAAAAUCCCACCACACGACUACAACACCAGUUGUGUCCUAGCCAGUGGAAAACUUCCGACCUAGAUGAACUCUCAGGGAGCCAUUAUAGCCAGAGGUUGUGAACUUCAUUGUCUCUAAGCUGCAGGAAAUCACAUCUAAAGUAUCUGGACAGCUUAGUGUACUGAACGGCAUGGAGACAUUUCAAGCAGAAAUGGAUCGUGGGUAUGAAAUAGAUUAGUAUGGCCAUUUAUCCUGAGAGAACCUCUGCGUUCAGCUUUAAUUAAUCUCUCGAGUCCGGUUUCCUCUCUGCACUGAUUGCUGUGUACAAACUGUUCCACCUCCCAUUUUUCCAUACAGGCUGUAGCUGAUUUAUUCCUGUUGAAACCAGCACUCUGUUUUCCCAGUUAGCACAUUUACUGCUUGUUGUAAUACAUUCCUGACGAGCAGGGUUGUGCUGCAGUUUCACUGCAUAUCCAGCUCCGAGUUAAACGGAAAACAAAACCUGACAGGAUUAACAGCCACCUUUUUUAAUUUCGCUUGAGUUCCUCCAAAUCAUAUUUACUGCUGAGCUGCCUCUGGAGCAUUAUACUCUCUAAAGGGGAGGGUGGGGGUGUUGUGGCGCAUGAGUAUUUGUCAUUCGACACAAAUAGAAACAGCGACUGGCUUCACCUCAAAAAUGUUGUCAGCAGCAUUUAAUAUGUCGGCCUAUAAGGAGAGUGGUCUUCCACAUUUCCAAAGUUCACAUGGAUUAUUUGGACGAUAUAAGCGAAAGGCAAUCACUCUUGAUGGGUUGAUUUGGUCUGUAACAGAUUAUGAGGGUUCAGAAAUAUCCAUUGAUUUUUUUUUAAGUUCCCACAAGGAACUUGUCAACGAACUUCUGUUUCCUCUCCCUCCGUCUAAACAUAAGCAUUCCCCGCCCAACUGUUGUAAAUCAUUCUUUCACUUUGUGGGUCCUCUGUCCCGACCAGAGAGACAGUGAGUAUAGUCUAUGGAAAAAGCCAGUUUUCACCCCGAUUGUAUCAUUUGCUUUUGCAGGUCAUAAGGCAGCAAUAUUAAAAUAAGCAACCAGUUAAAAAUGCCUUGUAGUGGUGAAUUGACAAGUAAAGUAAUUAAAGAAGGCUAAUGGUCAGGGAAUGUUUAUAAAGAUGGAUGACUCGUCUCCUCUUCCUCCCACUAUCGAGCAAUGAAGCCAAAAUAUCCACAAUACGAACGCUGCCUUCUUGCAUUUGUUCCACCAAUCGAGACUCAGUCUAAGCUGUCAAUCAUGAUGUUUCAGGCUGUUUUUAUCGCAUCAAAUAUCUCAUCAAACUUACAGGAAAGAUUGACAUAUCAGUGUGAUAAGAACUAGCCAGAAUGACAGAAUCCAUCUAAAAAUGUUUUUGACGUGUACUUUUACUUUUUAAUUUGGUUUGUGUCCCAUCCACUAAAAUAAGGAGGUGGGGUGUUUAAGCAUUACUGCAGACAGCCAUGAGGUGGCGAUCAUGACUCUUUGGCUUCACUUUCAGGGAGCUGUCAUGUCGUCCAUCGUUACAGUCUAGGGUCAUGGUAUACAUUACACCUGCUAUCAAUAGCAUGUAAUCUAUAAACUCAUAUUCAUGUGUCUUCAAUCCCUGACGGAUUAAUGUGUACAGUAACUUCUAAGUGUUCAUGGAUAUGGUAAAGUACGACUGUGCCCCAUUUAAUCUGACGGUCAGGUUGAUUGGAGCAGAGGCAAAACCUAGAAUAGGUUGACUGUGUGUGUCCUGUGAUGUGCUCAAUGUGCUGUGUGUGUGUGUUUAAACCUUCAGAGAAAGACUGGUUCAAGUCGCUGUUGUUCAGGUUGAAACAUCCUGUGAAUUAUAGAACUAGACUGAUGUCUAUGGUGUUGUGAUGAAUGUGAGAACCCUCUCCGGUAUUAGACCAGAGGCUAAAAGAUGAGACCAUAAAAAGGUAGAUAUUUCUUCUGUGAAUUUAAAAACAAAAUGUAACUCCACGUCCCCCGGAUAUUUUCUGAGUGCUUCAUGUCGAUCAUUUACUGUGGGUGUUGCCAGAGUUCGGUUUCACCCAAUGUAUUAUUUGAAACACAAGAACCACAAUAACCAAGCUUAACCUGUUGUGUGUCGAUUUUUCUGUAGGUAUUUAUUUUUAUUGUUGAUGUAUUUUUCUAUUUUGGUAUUUUUGUUUUCUCUCCUGUCUCUAUGCCAACAAUUGUUCAAACAAGGAUAAAGUCAUGGAUCGGUAACCA